AUGAUUUCAAAAACUGAAAAACAGAUACAAAGCCCUGUAUAUCGGUUUUGGGAUGCAAUAAAAUUCAAUAAAAUUGUCCGAAGUGAACCAAGGACAUUUCUACGGCCUAAUUAUACAACUCCUACGUUAACAAAUAAUACAACUUUAAACACCCCGCAAACAUUUCAAGUACAAGUGAAUUUUAAGCAAGCUAAUUCUGAACAGUGCCAAAUUUUGGCACUGACUAAAUUUGUUUCUGAAGUUAGUAAAUUUGGAAUUGACGCAACUAGUCAAAUUGUUGGUGGUUUACUUAGUGCAGCUGAUAGUGUAGUUAAUAGUACAGUUGGUACAGUUGGUAGUACAGUUGGUAGUGUAGUUAAGGGACUUGGUUUAAAAGAGAGAGCCACAAACCAAUAUGUGGGCGCUGCUAAUUACGCAAAUGACAUGGAA